CUCGACCGAGUGAUCGGCCGAGUCGGUCCAACCGACUUCGCCGCUGUGCGCUCCAGAAGCAGCUGCGCCGGCUUCGCUGCUCGCUGGCACGGCACCUGGCGCCCCCCACGCGCGCACCCAACCGGACCCGCUCGUCCUCCUCCUCCCGUCCAUCGCGGCGGCGCGGCUGCCGGCGAUGAGCGGCGGGCUCCCCGGAUUCCACAAUGCGCCGGUGUCGAGGGCCGUGGUGGUCGCCGCCGCGCUCUUCUCCGUCGCCUUCGGCUUCCGCGGCCGCUUCCUCGGCCUCGGGCUCUCCUACGAGAAUGUUUAUGGAAAGCUGCGGAUAUGGAAGCUGAUCACCUCGUUGUUUGCUUUUUCGUCAACACCUGAGCUUAUCUUUGGAGCAGCCUUGCUGUACUACUUUAGGGUGUUUGAACGGCAAAUAGGUUCAAACAAGUAUGCUGUCUUCAUAGUCUUCUCCACAAUGGUGUCUGUACUGCUUCAGAUCCUUUCUUUGGCUUACCUGAAAGAUCCUUCUUUUAAUCCAUUAACAUCUGGACCAUAUGGCCUCAUAUUUGCAUCAUACAUACCAUUCUUCUUUGACAUUCCUAUCACAACAAAGUUUCGCAUAUUUGGGCUGCACUUAAGUGAUAAAUCAUUCAUAUAUUUGGCAGGACUCCAGCUCCUUUUCUCAUCUGGAUGGCGUUCUAUUAUACCUGGACUUUCUGGUAUACUGGCUGGGCUUUUGUAUCGUCUUAAUAUAUUUGGCAUCCGCAGGUUGAAGCUCCCAGAUUCGACAACAUCAAUCUUCUCACGGUUAUCAUGGCCCUUCUUGAACAACUCUUAUCAACGACUACCAGUUACAGAAAAUGAUGGAAACAUUCCUUCUAACCAGACUCGUCAAACUGAGGGCGUGCACCCAGCUACUGAAGAUCCAAUGGAAUCUUCAAUCGCCACACUUGUUUCCAUGGGUUUCGAUCGUGGCUCUGCAAUUCAGGCUCUUGCACUGACAAAUUAUGAUGUCAACCUGGCCUCAAACAUUCUUCUCGAAGCACAAUCUAUGUAGAAACUAUCCUCUGGAGCAAAAGAUGUAUGCUUUGUAAUUAAAGGAUGUGAAUCAUGUCAUUCUUUUUCAGCUCCAGAUUUUCGCAGGAUAUGUCACUACAGGUUAUCAUUGUGUAUCACAGAAAUUAGAAAGAUGAAAGGAAUAGAUCUUAUACUUGGUCAUAGUUUCGACCUGCAUUUCCAGA